AUGCUCAAAACAUACGACGUUCUCAUUAUCGGAGGUGGUCCAGCAGGACUCUCCAUUGCCACUGGUCUUGCCCGACAGCUCUAUACCUCCGUGGUGCUUGACUCUGGUAUUUACCGCAACGAGCGAGCAACUCACAUGCAUAAUGUCCCCGGCUUUGACCAUGUCAAUCCAGCCAUUUAUCGCGCCAAGGCCAAGCAAGACCUCCAAAAGCGAUAUGAUACUAUUGACUUUGUGUCUACCAAAAUCCAAACGGUUCGGAAAGUCGCCGAUUUGUUUGAAGCGGUAGAUGAUCAAGGAAAGACCUACCAGGGGCGCAAGCUAGCGCUAGGGACAGGCGUGCGAGAUGUAGUCGAGGACCAGGCAGAGGGGUACGCGGAGUGUUGGGGUCGCAGCAUCUUUCACUGUCUCUUCUGCCAUGGCUACGAAGAACGUGGCGCAAAUUCCGUCGGUGCGCUCGCUACAGGCGCUCUUUCAUCUCCCGAGUCACUCGUGUUUGUCGCUAGGAUGGCCAAACGUCUCGCCAACCACGUUAAUAUCUAUACCAACGGAAAUCCUGAGCUCAUCACCUCGGCAAAGGCCAUAAUCCACAGCAAUAAAAUUGCCUACGACGAUCGCAAGAUCAUCAAGUUCGAACAUCAAGACGGUUCGAAGGACGAGCCACCUUUCGUGGUGUUGCAUUUUGAGGAUGGAACCUCGAAGAAAGAAGGAUUUGUUGUGAGCCAUCCCCGCGCGGAGCAGCGUGCACCAUUUGCAGACCAACUAGGCCUGGAGAUGAUGCCGGCAGGGGGUAUCAAGCUAUCUAUGCCGUUCAAUGAGACAAGCUUACCUGGUUGCGUGGCUGCUGGUGAUGCAGGAACACCGAUGCAAGCGGUUGUUCAGGCUGCGCAGAUGGGAGCAUUCGCUGCAGUUGGGCUGGUGGAUCAGUUGCAGAGGGAGCUGGAUGAAAAGGACCAGCUAUAA